AUGAGUACAGCACCAAGUGCUUCACAGCAGACUAAGAAGUCUGGGAAGACUUUAAGUAAAUACAAGAUUGUGUUUCUUGGGGAACAGGGUGUAGGUAAGACUUCCCUGAUAACAAGAUUCAUGUAUGAUACAUUUGAUGAUCAUUAUCAAGCUACCAUUGGUAUAGAUUUUUUAUCAAAAACAAUGUAUUUGGAUGAUAAGACCAUUAGAUUACAAUUAUGGGACACAGCUGGACAAGAAAGGUUUAGAUCUUUGAUUCCAUCAUAUAUUAGAGAUUCGAGAGUUGCAAUUGUCGUGUAUGACAUUACCAAGAAAAAAUCAUUUGAUUUCAUAGAUAAAUGGAUUGAGGAUGUAAAAAAUGAAAGAGGUGAGGAGAAUGUUAUACUUUGUAUUGUUGGUAACAAGAAUGACUUGACAGAUGAAAGACAAGUCACUAUAGAGGAAGGGCAAGAAAAGGCAAAAAAAUUAGGUGCCAAAAUAUUUAUGGAAACCUCAACAAAGGCGGGAUACAAUGUAAAGAAUUUAUUUAAGAAAAUAGCAAAAUCGUUACCAGAAUUUCAAGACUCUAACUCCAACAUUAUUAAUGAAACUACAGGUGCAGCAAGUAAAACAAAUAAUAACGCCGCUGGAUCGAAUGAUACUAGUAAAGCAGGUGUUAUAGAUAUCUCUACUGCGGACCAACAAGAACAAAGUACCUGUCAAUGUUGA